UCCGACUUCCUCCGCAAUAUUAGACAGUUUACGAAAAUGGCUCUCCACGGGUUGACGUGUGGCAACGGCGAGUCCGUCGUCCUGCUGUUGGUGGUGCUAAUCGCUACUCUCAGCGCCAAUCUGGACGGCGUAAGCGGCAAUGCAGGCCUCGUGCACCGGCGAUUCGAGUACAAAUACUCCUUCAAACCACCGUAUCUGGCACAGAAGGAUGGCACGGUUCCGUUCUGGGAGUAUGGUGGCCAUGCCAUCGCCAGCUCGGAAAAUGUGCGCAUUGCACCGUCCCUGCGAAGCCAGAAGGGAGCUAUUUGGACGAAGCAAAAGACUAACUUUGACUGGUGGGAGGUGGAAAUAGUAUUCCGAGUAUCUGGCCGUGGCCGCGUUGGUGCCGACGGUUUGGCCUUCUGGUACACUGUCGACAAAGGAAGCUACGUCGGGGACGUGUUCGGUUCCUCGGACCGCUGGCAGGGUUUGGGAAUUUUCUUCGACUCAUUCGACAACGACAACAAGCACAACAACCCGUACAUUUCGGCCGUUUUGAACGACGGAACGCGACAAUUCGACCAUCAAAACGAUGGUGCGACACAGCUUCUAUCUGGUUGUUUGCGUGAUUUCCGUAACAAACCAUUCCCGACGAGGGCAAAGAUUGAGUACUACAACAACAUUCUUACCGUACUGUUCCACAACGGUAUGACAAACAACGACCAGAACUACGAAAUGUGCUUCCGGGCAGAGAAUGUGAUCCUACCGAAGACGGGCUACUUCGGACUAUCAGCAGCCACCGGUGGACUGGCAGACGAUCACGACGUAUUCCACUUCCUGACCACCUCGCUGCAUAUCCCCGGUCAGUUCAAGGAAGAGCCGGCACCGGGUGAGGACUCGGCCAAGCUAACGCAAGAGUACCAGGACUACCAGAAGAAGUUGGAGCUUCAGAAGGAAGAGUACCGUAAGGAGCAUCCGGACGAGCAGAAGGACGAUCUGGACAGUCUGUUCGAGGACUUUAACGAGCGCGAACUGCGCCAGAUUUGGGAAGCCCAAACCAACACCUUCGAGCAACUGCGAGUGUUGGGCAGCAAGCUGGACGAGGUGAUCGGUCGUCAGGAACGAACGCUUGGUUUGCUGUCCGUAUCGGCUCAGGGUGGCGCCGGUGUGCCUCCUCCGCAGGUUGGCGGAGGUGCUGUUUCCGGUAGCUCCAUCAUGAGACACGAGGUCGAUGCGUUGCUACAAAAUCAGAACGUAAUGGUUCAGACGGUACGGGAAAUCCGUUCCAUUAUCGGUGAGGUGCACGCGCGGACGGACUCUAUUCUCACCAAUCAGGCGCGGGCUCCCACGGCUCAAGUGCAGGCCGGUGGCUACGAUGUGCAAGCGUUGAUGAACGAAAUGCGUGACGGUAUGAACCAGGUCCGGCAAGGCGUGGCAGGAGUGGCACAAAAGCUACAUUCGCAACCACAGGCGCAAGGCAUGACAGGAUGCCCUACACAGAGCUGCCUCAGUUUAACGGCAUUCCUGGUGGUUAUUGCGGUGCAGCUUUUGGUGAUGCUAGGUUACAGUAUGUACAAAGAUAGUCGAGAGGCUCAGGCGAAGAAGUUUUACUAGAUAGCCCAAAACCGACGAUUCGGCUGCUCGUCGAUCGCUGCGGCAAGGGUGCAGCAUUUUGAGCUGAUAGUAAAGAUCAACCCUCAAUCAGCCAAAAAGGCACACAAAACACUCUUUAUCGCAUCAUCAAUCUUCCACUCGAAACAGUCGUGUUUUUAAUGUUUGGCAUUACUUAUCAUUUUCUUCUUCGUUUCAUGCUUAGUAUGAAGUUCUUUCAAGCAUGGAGGAGAAACGCAAAAUAUGUAACAAAACCGUGAGCAAACGAAAGCAGCAAGUCGAUAGGAACUAUCAGUUCAUCGCAUCCUUUAUCCGGACACGACACGACGUGAACAGUUCAGGGAGUCAAAGCACUUUAGUUAGCGCGUCCUUUUUUGUUGUUGUUGUUAUAUACAACCAAUUUUAAUGUUGGUUUCAAAAGUACUGAGACGUAAAAGAAGGUAAUAUAUAUUUUCCACCUGUGUGCAUUUCUUUAUCGCUUCCAACAUGAAGUAUUGCUAAAGUUAACAUAAAUAUUAUGGAACCAUAGUCAGAAAAGAAACACAAUAAACAAAGCAAAACAAAUAGACCGUUCCGCCAGUCCAUGCCGAAGAUCUUGUGGAAACUAGUAUAGCAAAAAUGAAAGGGUGUAGCUAAUUUGUUUAGAAAUUUCGUACCGUUUGAUUUACUUAAAACAAAUACUUUCCGUAUGAAUAAGAGCAUACUUAACGGCCCAAUAUUAUUGUUGUAGCUGUAUGUACGAUUAGUGUUUGAAGCAAAAAAAAUUACAGCAUCUUAAGCAUCGACCUUCAAUGCGAGGUUUUGUUAGGGGACGAGCAAUUCGAUACACUGCUCGAAAG